GCGCAGCCCGCGCGGAGCCGGCUCAGAGCGAGAAAAGCGAACCCAACCCGUCGGGGCCGCCGCUCCGGACCCGCCAGCCGCCGCCGCCUCCUCCCCCCCGGAUCGGGUGUACUGUCCCAACCCGAAAGUCCAGUUCUGCGGCCCGGCAGCGGCGAGCGAGCGCGAUGACACAGGAGUACGACAACAAACGGCCAGUGUUGGUUCUUCAGAAUGAAGCACUUUAUCCCCAGCGGCGCUCCUAUACUAGCGAGGAUGAAGCCUGGAAGUCUUUCCUGGAAAACCCUCUCACCGCAGCAACCAAAGCGAUGAUGAGCAUCAACGGGGACGAGGACAGUGCUGCGGCACUGGGCCUGCUCUAUGACUACUACAAGGUCCCAAGAGAAAGACGGUCAUCAGCGGCAAAGCCAGAGAUCGAGCACCCAGAGCCCGAGCACAGCAAAAGAAACAGCAUACCAAAUGUGACUGAGCAGCCCCUCAUUUCUGCUGGAGAGAACAGAGUGCAAGUACUGAAAAAUGUGCCCUUUAACAUUGUCCUUCCCCAUGGCAACCAGCUGGGCAUUGAUAAGAGGGGCCACCUGACAGCUCCUGACACAACAGUCACUGUCUCCAUUGCAACUAUGCCCACGCACUCCAUCAAGACUGAAAUCCAGCCGCAUGGUUUUGCUGUUGGAAUCCCCCCAGCAGUGUAUCAUCCCGAGCCCACUGAGCGCGUGGUAGUUUUUGACCGGAACCUCAGUACUGACCAGUUCAGCUCUGCUCAGCCCCCAAAUGCUCAGCGGCGGACUCCAGACUCCACUUUCUCCGAGACCUUCAAGGAGGGUGUUCAGGAGGUUUUCUUCCCCUCGGACCUCAGUCUACGGAUGCCUGGCAUGAAUUCAGAGGACUAUGUAUUUGACAGUGUUUCUGGGAACAACUUCGAGUAUACCCUAGAAGCUUCAAAGUCACUUCGGCAGAAGCCAGGGGACAGCACUAUGACAUACUUGAACAAAGGCCAGUUCUAUCCUAUCACCUUGAAGGAGGUGAGCAGCAACGAAGGGAUCCACCACCCCAUCAGCAAAGUUCGAAGUGUGAUCAUGGUGGUUUUUGCUGAGGACAAGAGCAGAGAGGAUCAGCUAAGGCACUGGAAGUACUGGCACUCCCGGCAGCACACUGCUAAACAAAGGUGCAUUGACAUAGCUGACUAUAAAGAAAGUUUCAAUACCAUCAGUAACAUUGAAGAGAUUGCUUAUAAUGCCAUUUCCUUCAGCUGGGACAUUAACGAUGAAGCAAAGGUAUUCAUCUCUGUGAACUGCUUAAGCACAGAUUUCUCUUCGCAGAAGGGUGUGAAGGGGUUGCCUCUCAACAUUCAGAUUGACACCUAUAGUUACAACAACCGCAGCAACAAGCCAGUGCACCGGGCUUACUGCCAGAUAAAAGUCUUCUGUGACAAGGGAGCUGAGCGGAAAAUCAGGGAUGAAGAACGAAAGCAAAGCAAAAGAAAAGUUUCUGAUGUUAAAGUGCCACUGCUUCCCUCUCACAAACGAAUGGACAUCACAGUGUUCAAGCCCUUUCUUGAUCUCGAUACUCAGCCUGUCCUCUUUAUUCCGGAUGUGCACUUUGCCAACCUGCAGCGGGGCACUCAUGUUCUUUCCAUUGCCUCAGAAGAAUUGGAGGGUGAAGGGUCUGCCUUGAAAAGGGGGCCAUAUGGAACAGAAGACGACUUUGUUGUCCCACCUCCAGCUAAGCUGGCCCGGAUAGAAGAGCCCAAAAGAGUGCUGCUCUACGUUCGAAAGGAGUCAGAAGAAGUCUUUGAUGCCCUGAUGCUCAAGACCCCAUCUUUGAAGGGCUUGAUGGAGGCUAUCUCAGACAAAUAUGAUGUUCCCCAUGACAAGAUUGGGAAAAUAUUCAAGAAGUGCAAAAAAGGGAUCCUGGUGAACAUGGAUGACAACAUUGUGAAGCAUUAUUCCAACGAAGACACCUUCCAGCUGCAGAUUGAAGAAGCAGGGGGAUCGUACAAGCUCACCCUGACGGAGAUCUAAGGCCCAGAGCCCACGGCCCUCAGGAGCUCAGUGAAGGGGUUCCCUAGACCUUACUGUUUGGCCAGCAGAGGUGCCUAGGCACCCACCUCAAGACCCAGGUGGACAUCAGGGGAAGGGAUUCCAUUGGCACUGGAGCUGCAUUUAAUGUACUGCAUUGAUGUUUUUCAGAUGACAGAGAAGUCCAUGCAUCUUUAUGGUUGAAUUUCUGAUACUUAGGAAACUAAAAAUGAAAACUCUGUUCCAAGAUUUAACAGACUCUGGGAACCUUUAGGAUAUCUGCUGCAUUGUUUGUCAGAAUCUUUGGGAGAUCUGCCUUGUCUCUGCAGUAUCAGUGGUCCUGCUCAAAGUGGGCAUCAGGAAGGCAUAGGCUUGGCUUUAAGGUUUUUGUGCUCUUUGACCUCAUUUUAGCUCUGCCUUGGGGAGUGGGCACAGCUCCUGAACAGUGAAGGGCAGAGCAACCUCUCCCUCUACCUGUCAUUCUCCGGUAGUGUUUACUAAACAGGGCACAUUUCUGGAACCUUUCUUUGCAACUUCCUUGGCCGUAUCAGCUGCCUUUCUUAUGAAGAACAUGAAUGGGUUACAGUGUGAAAUUAGUUAAGACAAAGCCGUUGUAUAUAAGUGCAAUAUCUUUUUGAAGGUCUGUCUGUAAAUGUGUACAUACAUGUCUGAUAUAAAUAUAUAAUAUAUAAAUACGGUGUCUGUGUACAGAUAGUGAAGGUACGCACCAGUGAGAUCUACUUUGAGGACUUUCCUAGAGAAAAGGUUAAGUUAUUUUUGAUAAUGUUGACCAAGCAGAUAGAAUACUGUG